AUGGCUGCUCGUCCUACUGUGAACGUGCGAGGCAUUGACGGUGCGGCUACGGGAUCGCUGCCUCUCCCGGCAGUGUUCAACGCUCCCAUCCGCUCGGAUCUCGUCCAGAUCAUUCACUCGAACCUGGCGAAGAACAAGCGUCAGCCGUACGCCGUUGCUUCGAACGCUGGUCACCAGACCUCGGCUGAGUCGUGGGGUACGGGUCGUGCCCUCGCCCGUAUUCCGCGUGUUGGCGGUGGUGGUACGCACCGCUCCGGUCAGGCCGCCUUUGGUAACAUGGCUCGCGGUGGUCACAUGUUUGCGCCCACAAGGGUUUGGCGCCGCUGGUUCGUAAAGACGAGCCAGACCCAGCGUCGUCACGCCACGGCGUCUGCUCUUGCUGCCACGGCCCUGCCUGCCCUUGUGCUCGCCCGCGGUCACCGUGUGGAAGAGAUUGAGGAGGUUCCGCUGAUUGUGUCGAGCGAGAUUGAAUCGUUCACCAAGACCAAGCAGGCUGUCGCAGCCCUCAAGGCUCUGAACGCUUACGAGGAUGUGAUGAAGGUGUCGAACUCGCGCAAGAUCCGUGCCGGUGUCGGUAAGCUCCGCAACCGCCGUCACGUUCAACGCCGUGGCCCUCUUGUCAUUUACAACCAGGACAAUGGUAUCGUGAAGGCCUUCCGCAACCUGCCCGGUGUUGAGAUUGCCAGCGUGCACAGCCUUAACCUGCUCCAGCUCGCCCCUGGUGGUCACCUGGGUCGCUUUGUGAUCUGGACGGAGGAUGCCUUCAAGCAGCUUGACACGAUCUUUGGCACGUACGAAACGGCUUCGGACGUCAAGAAGGGCUACCACCUGCCCAGCGCUAAGAUUACCAUGCCGGACGUCACGCGUCUUAUUAACUCGGAUGAGAUCCAGAGCGUUGUGCGCCCAGCUGGUCCCAAGCAGACUAAGCGUCCUUUCACGCAGCGGAAGAACCCUCUUCGCAACCGCGGUGUUCUGUUCCGUCUCAACCCUUACGCCCAGUCCUCCAUCCGUCGCGAGAUCCGCGAGCAGGCUCAGCGCCGCGCUGGCAAGCUGAAGAAGAACACCAAGACGCCGCGCAUCCCGACGAGCGAGGCAUUCUUCGAGCAGCUCUUUGCUCCGUAA